CGAAAAUUAUAGCCUUUAGAAACAUAACCCUUUAGAGCGCACAAAAAGUUAACUAUAACAUUCUUUCUCAAAAUCUUUCGUAUCAAUCCCGGCAACUCUAUGGAUUCAGAUUCGGAGUUGAGGCUCUUAUCACUCAUUUCUCAGUUACUGUCUCCCAGCAAUACAGACUCAGAUGCCAUAUCAAACAUGAUUCAAAUAAUCUCUAUGGUCAGCUCAUUGGAUUUGAAUACGCAGCCGAAGCCGCAGUCGAAGCUCAUGUCACUCAUUACAGAAACAAUCUCCCUCUUCAACUCCAUGAAUUUGGAUUCCCAGCCGGAGCCGCUAAGGAAGCUUGUAUCACUCAGUAUUCAAAAAGUAUCUCACCUUAAUUCUGUAGGUUCCGAUUAUGAGCCGAAGCCGGAUCCAGAGUUCAUGUACAUGUUCUAUGAAACAUUCAACCUUGAGCCGAUGCCAAAGCUUAUAUCAACCAUCGAUCAAAUAUACUCCCUCUUUAUCUUGCCAGAUCCAGAGCCAAAACCGAAGCCGGAGAUGGAUCCAGAGCAAGAGUCAAAGUUCAUAUCACUCCUUUCUCAAAUAUACUCAAUCUUUGCGAUUAAGACAAAUGCGGAGUUGGAGUUGCGGGGUGGGCCGGAGGAGUUGCCAAAAUUUAAAUCAUUCAUAUCACUUACCAAACAACUAAUGUCUCUCAUUAGUUCUCUAGAUUUGGAGACGGAGCCGGAGCCAGAGUCGGAGUUCAUUUCAGUAGUAUCAUGCAUUAAGCAAAUAAUCUCUUUUGCCCACUCUAUAUCAAACUCGGAACCAGAUUUCAUAUCAAGCACAACUGAAAUGUUCCGUCUCAUUAGCUCUAUAGAUCUGGAAGAGGAGCCACCGAUGAAGCUAGCGGCACUUUUUCAACACACGCUUUCUCUUCUCUACUCAAUGGAUCGGGAUUCAGAGCUCAUAAUCCUCAUUGGUAAAAUAAUAUCUGUCAUCGAUCGUACGGAUUCGGAGCCGGAGGCCGAAUGGGGGCUGGAACAGCUUAUUUCCUUGUCCCCUCAAACUAAAGUAAAACUUGUACAAGGAAAAUUUCAUGUAACGGGGAAAAUCGAGCGGACGAGCAAAGAAAAGGGAAGAUGUCAACCCAAAAACAAACAUAGACUCUACCUAGAAAGCGGAGAAGAUGCUUCCCACUUUCUUUGCAAAGAUUGCAACGGCGAGGACCAUGUAGAAUGUGAAAAGACACCGGUUGAGGUAAAACACCUUCUUCAUCCAAAGCAUUCUCUCCAGCUUGUUUUGCAGAAGUCGUCGAUAACUCAAACCAGAAAAUGCUUUUGUUGUGAUGAAGAUCUCAAAUUGAUAUUUUAUUAUUGCACGGUUUGCGAUUAUGCUAUGAAUAUAGCUUGUGCAGAGAAGCCACCAGUCUUAUUUAUAGACCAUCCCAAGUGGCAUGCAGAUACACUUGCUCUGUUUCCAAGACAAGCUUUCUUAACCUGCAAUGUAUGUGCUGUGGCCGAUUCCAGCUCCCCUAUCUAUAUGUGUCCCCCUUGUGAUUUUGUGGUUCAUCUAAAAUGUAUCAGCUUACCACGUGUCAUAAGGAUAUCUCGCCAUCAACAUCGUAUCUCUUUCACCACUUCUUUCGACGAAGGAGAUUGGUCUUGUGGUGUUUGUCGGAAAACAAUCGACAACGAUUAUGGGGGUUAUUCUUGUAUCAAGGACGGUUGUUCAUAUGCAGCACAUUCAAGAUGUGCCACACAAAAAAAUGUGUGGGAUGGCAUAUAUCUUGAGGGAGUGCCAGAAGAGAUUGAAGAAGAAGAAGUUGAGCCGUUUGUGACAAUAAGCAAAGGAGUAAUACACCAUUUUAGUCAUCAGAAUCAUCAUUUGAGGCUUGAUGAGAACGAAGGCAGAGUUUACGACGAAAAUAAGAUAUGUCAAGCAUGCAUCAUGCCCAUCUAUUUCGGUAACUUCUUCUCAUGUAUGCAAUGUGAUUAUAUUCUCCAAUGAAGAAUGUGCAAAUCUUUCUCUCAAAGCAUAUAACCCGAUACAUCCACAUUUGCUCUCUCUAAUGGGAGGAAAUGAUGAUGUUAGGAAGUACAAGGAUAAGUGUUCAGCUUGUCCUUGGCCGUGCAUAGCUGGUUUCUUCUAUGAGAGUUGUAAAGAAGGAUGUUCUUUUAAGCUUCAUGUGCAGUGCGCCACGAUUUCCGAGCCACUACUCCAUGAAAGUCAUAAUCAUUCUUUAUUCCUAACAUCUAAACCAGAAGAGCAAAGAUCAUGUUCCGUUUGCAAAGAUUCAAGGCUUGAAUUCACAAAUGAAACAUUCAAUUGCAUUGAAUGUGAAUUUGCUUUGUGUUUUGGAUGUGCUACUUUACCUCAAAAGGUGAGGUAUAAGCAUGAUAAGCAUAUUCUCACUCUUUCUUAUGGAAAGGAGACAAGUACCAUGACAUAUUGGUGUGAAGUCUGCGAGGAGAAAGUAAAUCCAAAAGACCGGUUUUAUAUGUGUGAUGAUUACUGUUGUGUUACCCUACACAUGAGAUGUCUGA